ACAUCUUCUCCCUUCUUGUUCUCUCAGCUUCUGGACAGGUAAACAUUAUUUCUACUGCUGACAUCUAGAAACUAGGAGGCCCGAGCUUUUUGUUCUCUUCUCAGUAAUAAUAUAGAGGCUAAAAACCUGUCCUUUAUAAUACCAGGACUUCUAAAGCCUGUUUUUAGAGGAGUCAUGAAGUUCUUUAAGUAUCUUCACACUGAACCAGAGGGACUAUUGAUCCUACCUAAUUUCUCUACAAUGUGGGUACCGAAGAGAAUGUACUAAAAAUUUCAACAGGGUUCAGCAAGUUUGAGAGCCACGGCGUCUUGAGAAAGGCGUGAGCUCAAGGCAGCUCCUGUUGAACUUGGUAGGAGUCCCUGCUUUGUGUAGAGAUGCUAUAGAAGAGGUGCAUUUCUCUUCUUAGGGAGGCAGAAUUUCCCAAGCUUUGUUUAGUUUCUGUAUUUGUAAAUCACACUUUGUCAGUAGCUUUUCUGCUGCUGAUCCCUUGGCGUGUUUAAGAUCUGCUUGCUGUCUUCUUCCCACUGAAGGAAAGCCAGCUGGAGAGGUGACUGCCCUCAGCUUGCCUCAGCUGGUAAUUAUUAGAGUGGGAAGAACCUGUCAGGUAAGGUGUUUAAGUUAACCUAACCCACGCAUCACUGAAGAAAGAAGAGAGAUGCGUAAGCGGAUGAGAUAGAUGAAAGGCUCUCUAACCUUCAGGUGAAGGGUGGUGACAAGCAGCUGGCAACACUGGCCUGUUCAGCCAGUGCUGGGGAGAAACUGCAGGGUCAGUUGUGCCAGUCCUCAGCGUUGGGUCACCACUUGCUUUCCAUUCAUUCGUGAGUCACUGCAGGAACCCAGUGAAGCAUCUGACAGUCACGGUCACUGCUCUCUGGUACGGAUGAAUGCCUUCUACAGUGACUGAAAUGGCCAUUUCUCUGUGGAAGAACUUACUUCAGACUACAAAGGAAAGGCUACUACAACAAAGAAGGAUGUCACUGUAUAAUGGUGCUCAUGGCUAUGAGGAAGAAUUGAUAAAGAAGAAACUUCAGCAGUUUGCUGGUGGAUCCAUCAACCUUUCCAAAGAAGACAAUGGCAUUGGAAUACUUACUUUGAACAACCCAAAGCUGAUGAAUGCCUUUACAGGUACUAUGAUGCUAGAACUCCAGGAGAGGGUAACCGAACUGGAAAACUGGAAGGAUGGCAAAGGCCUUAUCAUCUAUGGUGCAGGAAACACCUUUUGCUCGGGAUCUGAUUUGAAUGCUGUCAAAGCAAUAUCCAACUCCCAGGAUGGGAUGAAUAUGUGCAUGUUUAUGCAAAACACCUUAACCAGACUUAUGAGAUUGCCUUUGAUCAGUGUUGCACUGGUCCAAGGAAAGGCUGUUGGAGGAGGAGCAGAACUUACCACAGCAUGUGAUUUCAGAUUGAUGACGCCUGGGAGCGAAAUUCGCUUUGUCCAUAAGCACAUGGGGCUGGUGCCGGGCUGGGGAGGAGCUGCCCGGCUGGUGGGCAUCGUCGGCAGCGGGGCUGCCCUCCGGCUGCUGAGCGGGGCUGCCCGGCUGGACCCCGAGAGCGCGCUGCGCCUUGGGCUCUCCGAGGAGACGCUGUCCUCUUCGGACGAAACUGGAGCGCUGGAAGAAGCCCGAGCCUGGCUGAGUGGGUACACGGAGGGUCCAGCCAGUGUGAUUCGGGCUGCGAAAGAGGUGGUGACAGCGGGAAGGGACCUACCGGUGGAAGCUGCCCUAAGGAGAGAGAAGGACGUUUUCGGAACUGUGUGGGGCGGGCCUGCCAAUUUGCAGGCGUUGGUUAGAAGACCAAAACAUAAAUGACAGCGCAUAAGAAAUGUUCUUGACCUUUUUGCAAACAAAGCUUUCGCUAAAGCAGGCAUUAAACGGAACCAUUUAAGGGCUUGUUCAUUUAAACUGGCGCUAACGUUCUUGUCGCUCAUGUCAGGCAGACACAUUUGGUGUGCAACCACAGAGAAAUCCCCGGCAGAUUCUUUACUGUCCUAAUCACCCGCUGAAUGGCGAUCAGUGAAAUUAGUAUGUAAAGGUAAAUAAUGUGCUGAGAAUAGAACUAUAAUUCUUUUGGAAUGAGACUGAAGAUUAUUUUCUUUGGAGUUAAUUUUGUUUUUCUAACUGGUAUGGAAAUUAAUUGCUUGAAAAAUAGGAGGUUUGUUUAUUUGCAGAACAGGUGCAUCUAAAGCUGCGACAUAUGAGUUCCCCAACAUGAGACCAGUGUCUAAGCAGCUUUGGAGGGAUGAUAACUGGUGAGAUGAUAGUUUUUAUUUUUUCAUCUUCAGUCAGUUCUUUGCAUAAUUGCUGAGAAAGUAGCCAAGGAUACUUCAGUUUCAAUGGUGAUUUUUACAGGAGCAGCUCUAACUCCCUGAGGAGCUUAUAGGCCUCAUUCACUGACAGUGAUUCAGGUCUUUAAAUGCAUUUAGGUUUCUUCUCACUGCUCAAGGAACCAACCACCCACGUACGCAUCUGCACAUUCCCAUAGCCUGGACCUGUGCUGCUGAGCACAUGCAAAGCUGCUGACCCGAUUCUUUACAUAGAAUCUAGCUGAAAUCUUGGAAGGCCAUGAUGUAUCACGCUCCCAGGUGGGAUGUCCUUGACUGACUGGGUUGCCUGAGUACUUCACCAUUCUGGAACGACUUGUGCGUGGAUCUGUCUACGUCUUACUUCAGAGUAUUUUUACUGCUAGGGCAUAUUUGGGCUGACCGGAAGAUUUGAAACUCAGUCUCCACUUCAUGCCUGUGACUGUGCAAGUAAUUAGAUAACUCGGUGGGCAGGGUUUUCCCUUUAGAAAUCAGAAACUGGCACCCAGUCCCUGCUUUGGCAGGUGAUUCUUAAAAUGGAACAUCUGUGAGAGCAAAAGCAGGCAGACAUAUCCAUGUCGGAGAGUUUCCUCUACUGUUGGUUAGGAUGCACUUGUCUCUAAAUCAGCAGGGGCUGAGAUCUGAGCUCGGGGGAGCACGUGAAGGAGGAAGUUUUGGGCUGUGCAACAUUGACAUGCGUUCUCGCUCUGACAGGGCAUAACUAACUCUAGACAUGUGGAAUAAGCUCCCUUAGGAAAAGGAGGUGAUUCCUUGGAUGGAAAUCCCUGUUACAACUUCUACUGUGGCAGGAUUCCUGAGUUUUAGACAGUGAGGUAACUGUGCAUGUGUUUGAAGAUCGUGGGGCAGAUCAAUGACGGGAAUUAGGCUUGAUUGCCUGUUAAGAUUCUGCAGCUUUUGAGCAGAUGCUGGGCUCUGCUGGGGAUGUUUUACUAUAUGGCUUUCACAGCAGGGAGUGUGUAUAGCCUGAAGCAACCAAAAGAAAUGCUGAAGAAAGGGAUGCGUUUGGAGCUGGCAUCUCCGGGAGGAUAAGGAACUUACACUGCCCUGUUGAUUCAGCCUGUCUGCCUUCACACCUGAAACUGCUGCUGGAGGAAGAUUUCAAAUUUCUCUUCCCCCAAAAGAAGGUUCAAUUUUUACUUCCAGGUUAGAGACAGGAAUGGGAACAUGGGAAAAGAGUAGUGUUCUGGUUUGUGCCUCUUCCCCCCCCUUCCCCAUUUUUCUCCGCUAGCUCAGUUGUUAGUCCCAUGUGCAGCUGGGUUCUUGCCCGUGCUCUAAAGGACUUCAAACCCAUUACUUCUGAAAUACGGGUGUUUUAAUAUAGUCAGGCAGUACUUGACUGUUUAGUAAUGAACCUGUUCCGCUUUUCCUGAAGUUCCUCAAGACUCGCGAGGGAUUCCAGACUGCCAACGUCACUGAACCUUCAGAGUGGGCUCCAGUCCAUGCUCCUCCAUUUUGAAGCACUGUCGUGAGUCAAAAAACUGUGCUUUAAAGGGCAACUGGUUAUGUCUUUGCUAGUAGUAAGAAUAAACUUGCCAUUACUAAUACUGUCAUUAUGAUUUUUAAAUGGGUGUAAAAAUUGCUUAGAACCUGAGAGACCCUUGAAUCAUUUGGGUGGUUUGUUUUUUUUAUUUUUCAGGUUUGCCAGGCUGUUAAGGCUCAUUAGUGUAUUCAGUGCAAUGGGUGAUAUAAAUAUGAAAGGGAGGAAAUUAUAGCAGAAAAGCAGAAUCUGUUUUACUUGCAUGUUUUGAACUAGACCUGUGCUGCCAGUAAGUGAAACUCAGUAUGUACACCUAUUGGGGACCUCUUUCCAUGAGCUUGCUUCUCAUUUCACCAAAUGCAUUUCCCCAGCCAUCCUCUCUGAUUUGUAUCAAAGGCCAAUGUUUGCUUCUAAGAACAGGACCAAUAAUUAGCUAGUACUGAGACACUUUCAGAUAAGGGAACAGAAACUCGUUUUGUUGGAAUCACAAAUAUACCAAACAUAGCUACAGGAGGUUCUGAAGAUAAUUACACGUGUUUGUUUUGACCAAGGAUUUUGUGAGCAGCCUAAUACUGUAUUCUCUGGUUUCUUUUCUGUUUUAAAAGCAAGCACAGCCCUUCAUAUGAAAACCGGCCUAAGUAAAUUACCAUGAGUGCUAGCAUGAGAGCUCCAGACUGAGUGAGAUUAAAUGGAAUUCCAUUUUACCAAUUUCAAACCUAAAUGCUUUAUUUCAUAAAAUACUUGAUCAUCUGAAAGUGACAAAUACCUGCAACCAGCACCUGAUAAGCAUUUAUAUUUUCUUUACAGUUAUUAAAGACUACAAGCUUCAUUUCGGUUUUUGUUCCCCUUCAGAAAUGGCCUAAAACCAAACAAGCACUAAAUGCACAAAAUAAAUUAGAAACCUCAAAACUGAUACUCCCAGUCUUCUAAUUAAACGGUGUGCUAGCUUUUGUGUUUCCUAGGGGUUAGUUUGCGAGGUCCCUCCUCGGCAAACUAGGUUUCCCGUUACAUUGUGAAAUGCCCGUCUUGUUCUCUUGCCUCUAUGCACUGGGACAGCCUGAGUGCUUCAUGGGGGUGUGGAUUCUGUGCCAAGCGUUUGAAAGUUGGAUUCUAGAGAUUGCUUUUAGCAAUAUAGAUACUUU